GACAAUACCCCCAUCUACAUCUGGCGAACUGUUCCGUCGUCCUCGGUCUGGUGCGAGGGUUCCAAUCGGGCUGAGCGCGUGUGCAAGUUCCGCAAUCUGUGCUAUGCUCCGCAAUACGAGCGCUGGUUCAUCUUCAAGACCAACCGCACGGUCCUGCACGGCGUCCCAGAGAACCAUCACACCACGGCUCUCCUCGAGAUGACCACCGUCACCAGCCACACCGCCAUCUUCUUCAACUACGAAGAGGUCAAUCCCUUCUCUCCAAAGUUCCGCAAUAUCCCCAUCCGCUACGAGGAAGACCUCCAUUUCAUCACGAUGCGCCUGCACCCCGAGAACAUCAUGCACAACUUGCACGACGACACCUUGGGCCUCUACUUUUUGAUCAAGCAGUACGUUGGCCAGGGCUCGGCCGCGCUGGACAUGCCCUUCUCACUCGACACCCACCGUAUCCUUGUCGAUGACGGCUUCCUCGCCACCAACACCGAGCAGCCUCUGCGCUAUCUCUCGAGCCGACCCAUCCGCUAUCGCAACUACCUCGACCAGGAGCCCGACGUCAUCACUUGCUUCCGCGAUGCUGUCGUUGGCAACCGUAAGCUCGUCAACUGGUAUCAGUACGGCUUCACGGAGCCCCAGGGCCCGAUCAAGGACAAGCAUGUCAACGGCAUGCACAUCCGCGAGAUUUCCGAAUGCGGCAACGCCACCGACUCUGACACCACGUCCUCGGCGCUGCCACCGGUCCCCACAAGCUUCCACCCGGGCACGCUCAUUCCCGGCGUUCCCGAGAACUACGACCCGACCUUGGACCCCAACAUGGACCCCAUCAGCACCGAUAUCAUCGUGAUUCUCUCUCGACGGGGCAACCGCCUGAUCGUCAACGAGGACGACCUUGCCGAGCGGCUCCACGAGCGGUACGGCCUCGAGGUGGUCUUUGUCCGCAACGAAGACCACGGCUUUGAAGAGCAGGUCGCGUUCAUGCGCCGCGCCCGUGUCGUCCUGGGCAUGCACGGAUCGCUGCUGAUCAUGGGCAUGUUCUGCAAGCGCGGCGCCAUCAUGAUCGAGCUGUUCCCGUAUGGAGUUCCGUCCGAGAACUACACACCCUACCGCACCAUGGCUCAUCUUCCGGGGAUGCUCGUUUCGUACCGUGCUUGGGAGAACAAACACAAGAACAACACCAUCAGCCAUCCCGACCGACACGCCCUCUUUGGUGGCAUCAAGCACCUGAGCGAGGAAGAGCAGCGCGAGAUCGAAGAGAGCACGACGAUUCCGCCGCACAAGUGCUGCACCAACCCGCGGUGGCUCUAUCGCAUCUACGCCGACACCAUUGUCGAAAUCAACGAGGUGAUCGGCCUGAUUGACGAUGCCGUCAAGGAGUCACGUCUGAUGCGCUUCAACAACUACCUGCGCAACUGGGAGGAGCCCGACAUGCUCGAGCUUCCGACUGUCGAGACGCCCGUUUGCCUGGACGGCCCCGGCCGCAAGCCCGGAGAGCUCUGGGCGCGCUGGGGCAACCCCUUCAGCGGAGCCAAGGUUGACCGGUGGUCCGUCAUGGUCGAGGAGAAGCAGACCGAGUACAUGGCUAUAUAUGGCCCAUUGGUGGCCAUCAGCGGCUUUGAGCCGGGCACCGAGGUCGUCUUCUGGGUCCGCCCGACCUACCCGGACGGACGGAAUGGCGAGUUUGGCAACCGAGGAAAAUGCCCCGUCUAG